AUGCUCGAGAAUUACGCGAGAUUUGGUCGGUGGGUCGGGGAAGUGGUGGGGGGGCAGGUUAUUUUAUUUUUGCCUCCACUCGAACGAAGCCUUCAUCAAAUUGAUGGAAUUUCUUUUGGAAGAGACCCGAGGCUAACAUCCAUACAACUGAAUCUAUCUAUCUAUCUAUCUAUCUAUCUAUCUAUCUAUCUAUCUAUCUAUCUAUCUAUACAUACAUACAUACAUAUAUACAUAUACUUUCAUGUCUAUUUCUUUCUUUCUUUCUUUCUUUCUUUCUUUCUUUCUUUCUUUCUUUCUUUCUUUCUUUCUUUCUUUAAAUUACUUCCUGCUUUUACUUAUUUAUCUUUUUACUCUUUAUCUUUUCUUUUAUUCUUUAAUUCAUUUCUAUCCUUUCAUUUCUUUCUUUCUUUCUUUCUUUCUUUCUUUCUUUCUUUCUUUCUUUCUUUCUUAUUAAUAAAUCUAUUUCUUUCUUUCUUUCUUUCUUUUCUAUUCUUUUCUUUUCUUUCCUUUCUAUUCUUUUCCUUUCUUUCUUUACUUUUCUUUCUUUCUUUCUUUCUUUCUUUCUUUCUUUCUUUCUUUAAAUUACUUCCUGCUUUUACUUAUUUAUCUUUUUACUCUUUAUCUUUUCUUUUAUUCUUUAAUUCAUUUCUAUCCUUUCAUUUCUUUCUUUCUUUCUUUCUUUCUUUCUUUCUUUCUUUCUUUCUUUUCUUUCUUUCUUUCUUUCUUAGUUUCUUUCUUUUCCUUUUUUCAUUUCUUAAUAAAUCUUUUUCUUUCUUUCUUUCUUUCUUUCUUUCUUUCUUUUCUUUUCUUUCUUUCUUUCUUUCUUUCUUUCUUUUCCUUUUUUCAAUCCUUUCCCUUUUUUCAUUUCUUAAUAAAUCUUUUUCUUUCUUUCUUUCUUUCUUUCUUUCUUUCUUUCUUUCUUUCUUUCUUUUUUCUUUUCUUUUCUUUCUUUCUUUCUUUCUUUUCCUUUUUUCAAUCCUUUCCCUUUUUUCAUUUCUUAAUAAGUCUAUUUCUUUCUUUCUUUCUUUCUUUCUUUCUUUCUUUCUUUCUUUUCUUUUCCUUCUUUCUAUUCUUUUUCUUUUCUUUCUUUCUUUCUUUUUCUUUUCCUUUUUUUCAAUCCUUUUCCUUUUUUUUCAUUUCGUUUCCUCGAUUCAAUUCAACUCUUUCUUUCUAGUUAAUAAAUCUAUUUCUUUCUUUCUUUCUUUCUUUCUUUCUUUUUUCUUUUCUUUCUUUCUUUCUUUCUUUCUUUUCUUUUUUUCUUUUCCUUCUUUCUAUUCUUUUCUUUUUUUUCUUUCUUUUCUUUUUCUUUUCUUUUCUUUUCUUUUCUUUUCUUUCUUUCUUUCUUUCUUUCUUUCUUUCUUUCUUUCUUUCUUUCUUAAAUCGUUUCCCGUCUUCAUUUUUCAACUUUUUCAUUCGUAUAUUUUAUUCUUUAAUUCAUUUUUAAUCUUUUUCGCUCUUUCUUUCUUUCUUUCUUUCUUUCUUUCUUUCUUUCUUUCUUUCUUUCUUUCUUUCUUUCUAAGGCUACAACACUUUUUUUACUCUCUGUCCUUUUAA